AUGCGCACUGCGGAUAAAAACUUCGAGGAAUUGUGCUAUUGGUGUAGGAUAGGAGAUGUUGAGAAUGUGGAUAGGCUGAUAUCGAAAGGUGUCAAUUUGAAUGAUAUAGACGAGUUUAACAACUCCCCCCUAUUCCUAGCCAGCUUGUGUGGGCACGAAGACCUGGUCAAUUUGCUCCUGAAACGGGGUGCUAUAUGCGAUAGAGACAGACAUGAAGGCGCUCGUUGCGUCUAUGGGGCAUUAACAGACUCUAUCCGAAACAUUCUUUUGAACUACGAUAUUUCCAAAGCGGUAGAUUUGAAGCAGCCCUUUGCGUCACAUCUGUCCUCGCAACUCAAUGAUCAGUCGAUUCGAGGCCAUGAUAUAAUGCUGAAGCUUGCAAAUGGACAGCACACGAGGUUGCACGGUUUUCUUUUGGCCGCAAGAAGUCCAUAUUUUGCUAAGCAGCUGCAAGAAUUGGGGUCUGAGCACGUCACCUUGGAUUUGCCAAAGGAAGUCCCAUCUGUAGGCUUAGACAUUAUUUCAAGCUACGUUUAUCUUGUCCCACUUUUGCACACGAUAACUGAUGAGGAGUCGGAGUCGAUUGGACAUUUUAGUCAGUUGUUCGGUUUUGCCGGCCUUACAGAGUUUUUGGAUAAAGCAAAAGACAUUCAGGAUCAGGUCCAAAUUUCCAAGCUAGUCACUGAGUAUCAGCAUAACUUCAUAGAGGAAGCCCGGCUACAAAUGCAAUUAUUUGUGGAGAAGAUUAUGGAUAACAAAAAGACAGUAAAUGUUGCCAACGGUAUCAGUCCUGACACCUUAAACAGUUUGAAAAAUGGACCUACCCUACCUGACGUUUACCUUUUGGUUAGAAGUAAUGAAGAUUCUGAUAUCGGUUUUCUAUACCCAUGCCACAGGUCGAUCAUAAUAAGAUCGGACUAUUUUAGAGUCAUGUUUACAUCACCUUUCGACGAAACGACCUUUUACUACAAAACGGCUGACGGCUUGGUCGACCGUUCGGUAGAUUUUCCUAUUGUUUGCUUCCCAAUACAUGAUUUGCAUGCAGCUGAACUAAUCCUUUCGUAUUUGUACUAUGAUCGAACGGAAAUUCCUUGGGAUGUCGCACUCAAUGUUCUACGAGCAGCAGAUGCACUUCUGAUGGAGAGACUUAAAACCAUGGCAGCGGUCGCAAUAACGCAGUCAUCUCACUUCCUAGAGAGGUAUUCAGUAUUCGAGCUUCUUGACGUCGCAUGGGAAUUUCGAGUCGAGAGGCUUGAACAUCAUGUCGCAAAUACGAUUGCAGGUGAUAUUGAGCACUAUGUUUCGUUACCGCAGCUCAAAGAUGCCAUUUUGAGAAGCUCCUCCAUGCUGAAAACAAGACAGGAAACAGACACGAUUGAAUUAAUCGAUGAUAUAAGAUACUACCUCUUGAAGAAAUACAAUGUCGAUGCUGAAGAUCUGGACGAUUUUGAUUGGAACGAAACUAAUGAAGGAGGUCUGGAGCUCAGAACAGAAGUGUCAAUGUAUAAAAGCGAUUAUCAAAGACUGGAAAAUCUCUUAGAAAAGAUGAACAUCAAUAUCUAG